AUGUUUGCAUAUGUGGCUAUUCAGGUUCGUUCUCCAUGUCUUGGGGACAAGUUUUCUAGCAUGCAUGGGCAGAAGGGUGUGCUGGGGUUCCUGGAGUCCCAGGAAAACUUCCCUUUCACUAAACAAGGAAUAGUUCCUGACAUUGUGAUAAACCCUCAUGCAUUUCCUUCUAGGCAAACGCCCGGUCAGCUCUUGGAGGCUGCAUUGGCCAAAGGGAUUGCACUCGGGGGUGGUCUAAAAUAUGCCACCCCGUUUACCUCCCCAUCAAUUGAAGAUAUAACAGCGCAGCUUCACAGGCUUGGAUUUUCGAGAUGGGGGGAUGAGAGAGUUUACGAUGGGCGAACUGGUGAAAAGGUCCAGUCCCUUAUCUUUAUGGGACCGACAUUCUACCAGCGGCUCACACAUAUGGCCGAAGACAAAGUGAAAUUCAGGAAUACCGGGCCAGUUCACCCUCUUACUCGUCAGCCUGUGGCCGACAGGAAACGUUUUGGUGGAAUCAAGUUUGGUGAGAUGGAGCGAGAUUGCCUCAUAGCCCACGGUGCAGCAGCCAACCUACACGAACGUCUCUUCACCCUUAGUGAUUCAUCCCAAAUGCAUAUAUGCAGGAAAUGCAAGAACAUGGCCAAUCCAGCGAAGCGACCGGUGUUUGGUGGUCGGAAGAUACGUGGGCCUUAUUGCCGUUUCUGUGAGUCUGUGGAAGAUGUGGUGAGGGUGAACGUGCCUUACGGGGCUAAGUUACUGUGUCAGGAGCUAUUCAGCAUGGGGAUAUCUCUCAAGUUUGACACUGAGCUAUGUUGAGAUGCUCUCGAUAAG